ACCUCUGGGAGGGCAAAGCUUCUAAGGACGCCACUACAUGUGACUAGACACAUUGCUCUAUUUAUAAUGGUUGAAUGGCAAGGCCUCACUCCCACACACAAGGGUAUGGGGACACAGGAGGAUGGCCCUGCAAAGAGAGUCAACUGAAAGCUUGGAUCUGGAACUUGUCUGCCUCGGCAACAGAUGCUGGAGCGUGUAAAAAGAUUUAGGUAAAAAUGGAUGACUUAGACCACAGUGUACACCUUGCAGAGCAGGACUGGGAGGGCUUCAAUGAAGACAGUGAGGAAUGCUGCCUCCUGCCGCCCACUCUUGCAGGCCCGGAUGAUUCUAGCUUGAGUGACUCAGAAGAUUUAGAAGGUGCAGCAAACCCUGUUGUAGACAUAAGCAAUCAUGAGCCGAAGCAGAUCGCUUGUACAAAGACCCCGCCAUCUGAGCCUAAUGUCGAGGGACUCAGAAAGGCAGACGAGGGUUGCACAAUCCUGCAAUUGCAAUCCUGUCAGACAGGGCUUGGAGACACACAACCAGAUAAUCCACCAGAUACACCUGGAAAGGUCAGUGCUCCCCUGAAGAUGAGUGGGAUCCUGACCAUUUCCUCUGAGUCACAAAGGCCAUAUAAAAGUCAUAUUGAUCACUCUGAGAAAAAUGCUGCUACUAAAGAGUUAACGACAAUAAAAAGAGCUGAGCAGGACAUAGAAGUAACAGACAAGAGCAUCACCGAUGAUCAAAUGUUCAUGGAGCAGAGUGUGAUGGCUGAACCAGUUUGUGAUGAAGAAUCAUUUAACCAUGCUGGUGGUGCUAGCAGUGGCUUCUCAGAUUUGACAGAUCUCAAAGCAAUUUGUGAAAACAAGCAGAAGGAGGGUGGAACAUCAAGCACAUUGUCAUCAGGCAUAAUUUCAGAGUCAGCGUCACCAAACCGUCAACAUGCAGAGCUGAACAAAAACCCGGAGCUGUUGUGCUGUCCAGAUCAAGCAGCAUGUGAUAGUGACAGCUGUGAGGCCCCUAGAGGAGAGAAGGAGCGUUGGUUUGUGACUGUGAAUGACAGUAGCCUACGACAGAGACGGCAGGCUGCCCCCUUGGCAAAAAAAAAAAGAAGAAAAAAACUUGUAAAGAUUUGUAGGAGCUCUGAUGACAAUGCCAGUACCUACGACUCAACAGAUAAUCCCUACAAAUGUGGCCCAGGGUUGAAAAAAGAUAGAGCUCAUGAAUCUGAGGUAGAAGACAUGGAAAACGUUCCCCAAUCACACCAUAAUUCAACGGCACAACCAACCUCUACCAUAUAUACAGAUCUUUCAAAUGGACAACUUUUUUUGGACCUAAAACAAAUUACUACAACCUCUCCUUCAUUUGAGGAUGAAAUCUCUUCAGAGUUCCCCUCAGAUGGCAUUGAUGACUCUAACAUUUUAAUUGUUAAACAUGACUUAACUGACAGCUUAGAACAGAUGGUAACCCAUGGAGUACUCACAGACAACAAUGUGACAUUUACACAUAUAAAUGAAAAUGCACUUACAAUGGACAGCACUGAUUCUCAGGAAUUAAAAGACGACACAGACUUCUUUUCCACUGCCAGCUUUGAUUCUGAUGAAUAUUUUUUAGCUACAGAUUCUGCCGAGGAACCUCAGCAACUGCUUCAUGAAGCACAAUGGCGUCUUUCACUGAUGACACAAAACAUUGUAUCAGAAUACACUUUCUCUGCCUCAAGCACCUCCUCAACCCAACAAAUUACUGUAGCUAAUUUACAGUCAGAUGUGGAUGAAGACUUGCCACAAGAACAUGAAAGUUACGAGGACACAUCUGAUCGCACUUACUUUGACUCUGACAAAACAUGUCCACACAUUGUACACAGUAACCACCCAAUGCCACCAGACAGCUCAAUGACAUGUGAUUCUUCACACCGCUCACUGUCUGAUACAAAGAUGGAAAAAACGGUUGAUGAAGAUCGUAAACUUCUGGCAUUGGAUGCAGAUAGAUGUCCCACUCCUCUUCUUCCUACUGUAACAGUGACCCCUUGCUCUGUUCCUGAAAGCCCUGAAAUAUAUAGCCCUGAAUACACCCCAUUAGUCCCCACUCGACCAGUGUAUGCCAUCUCUGCAUUCUGGGAUGAAAUGGAAAAAUUGACAAUAAAGGACAUCUUACAACUUAGGCAAACUAGAAGCCCAUCACCAAUAAGAGAGGCACAUCAGCUUCCGACAACCGCAGGAGAACAAGUGGAUGUCAUAGAUACUCAUGUGCUGGACAAUUCCAUAGCUGAUUCAACAGAAUACCUUUUAACAGAUGGCCCUCAAGUGGACCCAUCAGAUACUGCAGACUCAGAUUAUUUUACACACCUUGAUGACUCCAAACCAGACCGUUCAAGCUGUGAAUUUUCUACCUUCUCUGAUUUUGAUGAGGAAUACAUGCAGUUUAUUGGAGCCAGCACAAAUCCCAGUCCUGAGCCACAGGAUUUAAAACUCCAAGGUCAAAUGUCAAACGAACUUAUGUACUAUAAAGGAUCCUUAAAGGAGGAAGACAUGGACCUUGGGAAACAAGGGAACCAUGUUGAUGUUGAACAACAAACAGUACAGGGCUUUGGAGACUGCAUUCCAAAUUCUCUCUUUUCAGACAAUAAUACAUUUCUAAGAGGGCUGACAAAAAGCAAAAGCAUGCGCAAUGUAAAUGCCUUUGAAAUGGAGGUGCAGCUAAAGGACAUUUCUUUGCAUUCAAUACUUGAACAGGCAGAAAUAAGUUUGAUUCACAGCACCUGCCAGGUCUUUGAGGAAAACCCGUUCCUUGAAGUGAAUGGCACCAUCACACCCAGAACAAGAUCGCCCUCUCCAAUUUUCACAAAUGUUGAUAUUAUAGAUCAGCAAUAUCAGAUCUCCUUCCCAGAGGUAUUUGAAUGUCUUUUUGAAGAUGAUGAGCCAAGAGAUAACCGCACAGCACUUAUCUACGACCCGCAAAGCACGUCACUGCCUGAGAUAUCCAACUGCCGUCUCUCAAAGUAUGGAGGUGAAAUGUUACUCUCUCCUCUUCAGCUGUCCCAGGGCAACAAAGGAGAACCUAUUCCUAUUUUCUCUUGCUCUCACUCAGCUCCUAGAGAUCUCACCUUCCCAGAGCUGGAUUAUCUCUUGUUUCCACUUGACACAUACGCUGAGUCUGAGGGGGAGGAUGAUAGCUCACCUAUCCGAGUGGUGACUCGUGAUGACAUCCAGUCCCAACACGCUGGGUCCACCACAACAGCCUCAUAUGGGUAUCAACAACUCUUUAACAGGGAUGUCUGGCAGAUGGAUUGGAAAAGGUUGCUCUCUUUGAGGAGAAUCCGCUUCCCGGGGAAAGGUAGCAGCUGGUGUAGAAGGUCAGGCGCCUGGGUGUUCCCACCUGCAUCCCAUAGGAAAUUGACAGAUAUUGAUACUGACAACCAAGUCACUGAAAUGGUCAAGACUAGGAUCACUUCAAUGCCUCCUCAAGUAAUACAACUUGGGCAACAGAUUUUCAGAGAACUUUCUGAACAGCACAGGCGAUUUAACGCUCUACAGACAUCUGUCUUGAUAACAAGGAGAGAUGGCCUCCACUUUGCUCUAAAGCAGUCAGACAUGUGUCUGGUCUGCAUUGCCUUUGCCUCCUGGGUUCUGAGGUCCACUGAUCCCCAGGCAGUAGAUGCUUGGAAAGCAGCCCUGCUAGCAAAUGUGAGUGCAAUAUCUGCAAUCCAGUACCUGCGGCGAUACAUGAGGACAACUGAAGAGGAGCCAUGAUAUGUACAACAUUUAGAAAGGAAACCUUUCCAGACGUUUUCACUUUUGUAUAUCUGUAGCUGGUUGCUGGUGUGAUCCAUAUACAUUUUUAUACUAAUACAAAAAUAGCAUAGGAUCAAAUGAUCCAGUGCCUAAAGUUGGAGAGGUGUAAAGGCAUGUUGUAAGUCAUACUAAUCCUUCCAGUUUGGGAAUAAUAAGUGACAAGUUUUGCAUCCAAGCAUAGUAUCAAACAUUCUUUAAAAGCAGAACUAGCAGGGCUGACCUGGGAAGGAGGUUGGUAGGGACCAUACUGUAGAGUAGAACGGUAGGACUGAGAAUUGUGACGGACAUGAGUGCUUCAUACAAAACUGAAAAUGAUUUAUAUUAGCAUGCAUGUUCAAUAAUCGAAUGUACAUUUAUGAAUUCAAAAACUCACAGAAAACAGUGCAAAGGAGAGGAACCAUAUAUUUUUGUGUAGAACAUCUAUUUG